UUUUAAAAAUAAUUAAAAAUUAAAACCCUAAAAACAAAAUAGUCAUCAGCUUCAUCAAAUCAAAACCCUGAUUGUAUCAGAAACAAACCUUCGAUUUGAAUCUCUCCCUUUCAACUCAAAGCCCUCCGUAACAACCAAAAUCUCGCCGGAAAACGCAGCGGACUUGGUCGUUGUCCGCCACAAACAGGAUUGUUUGUGAAAUUUUGAUAGAUUAUAUUUUAUGGCCAAUAAUUCUCAACAACCCUCCGGCAUUCAGUUUCGGCCAGUCAUUCAUGCGCAACAAGGGCAACCAUUUGUUCCAAUGACAUCACAGCAAUUUGGACAUGCUGUUCCUUCGUCUAAUAUCGGGAUGCCUGUUAUUCAGGGUCAGCAAUUGCAGUAUUCUCAACAAAUGCAACAGUUGCCUCCAAGACAAAUUCAGCCCGGUCAUCCCGUUUCUUCACCACAGGGUAUACCUAUGCCUUAUAUUCAAACAAACAGGCCGCUGACAUCUGUUCCACAACAUGCACAGCAAGCUGUUCCUCACUCAAACAAUCAUAUGCCUGGUUUGGCUGUUUCAGGAGCACCUCCUCAAUCUUCAUAUACUUUCACACAAUCUUAUGGCCAGCAGCAAGACAAUGCUAAUGCGUUGCCCCAAUACCAGAAUCCACCUCAAAUGCUUGCGCCUCCUGCUGGACAACCUUGGCAGUCCUCAGUACCUCAGAGUGCUGCAGCGGUUACAUCAGUACAGCAGGCUGGAGUUCAAUCAUCUGGUACUGCAUCAAGUGAUACUGUUAAGUCUGCCAAUUUGAUCCACAUUCAACGCCUAGGGGCUCUGGACUGCCCAAAUGUAGUGGCAGCUAGUACCACUAACCCGAACUCUGCAUCUGAUUGGGCAGAGCAUGCUGCUGCUGAUGGGAGAAGAUACUACUACAACAAGACUACAAGGCAAUCUAGUUGGGAAAAACCUUUGGAGUUGAUGUCACCUCUUGAGAGGGCUGACGCAUCAACUGUCUGGAAAGAGUUCACUGCUUCAGAUGGAAGAAAGUAUUACUUCAAUAAGAUUACUCAGCAAUCAACAUGGACAAUACCAGAAGACCUCAAGCUGGCUCGUGAGCAGGCACAUAAAACUAUUAGCCAGGGAAUGGUGUCAAAUGCAAGUGAUACAUCCAAUGCUGCUGCCUCCUCUGCUGCAACACCAACACCAGCUAAUGCAGCUAAUUCCAACACUUUGACAUCUAACGGUCUUGCUUCAAGCCCGUCUUCUAUUACACCAAUUAUAGCCACUGAUCAUCAACGGUUGGUUUCUGGUUUAUCGGGUUCGGUAGUUACUUCAAACACCACAGGAGUUGAACCAAGCACUGUUGUAACUGUGAGCACUGCACCCACAGCAGUCACAGGAAGCUCAGGAAUAGCAGCCAACUCACUUGAUUCAAAAAUUCCAUCCAUUGUUGAAAAUCAAGCAACUAAUGAUUCUACUUCUUCUGUCAAUGGAGCUCCUCUUCAAGAUGUGGAGGAAGCCAAAAGAGGAUUUCCUGUAGUUGGACAAACUAACAUGACUCCUUCAGAAGAGAAAACCAAUGAUGGUGAAACUUUUGUAUAUGCAAAUAAGCUGGAAGCAAAAAAUGCAUUUAAAGCGCUUCUGGAAUCUGCGAAUGUUCAUUCUGAUUGGACGUGGGAACAGGCAAUGAGAGAAAUCAUCAGUGAUAAAAGAUAUAAUGCCCUGAAAACGCUUGGUGAGCGAAAACAAGCAUUCAAUGAGUAUUUGGGCCAAAGGAAGAAGCUAGAGGCUGAAGAGAGGCGCAUAAAGCAGAAAAAAGCCCGUGAAGAAUUCACGAAGAUGUUAGAAGAGUGCAAGGAGCUAAAAUCGUCCACUAGAUGGAGCAAAGCUAUUAGUAUGCUUGAAAAUGAUGAACGAUUCAAUGCCGUUGAAAGACCCAGAGACCGGGAAGAUUUAUUUGAAAGCCACAUGGUGGAACUUGAGAGAAAGGAAAAGGAAAAUGCUGCUGAGGAACACCGGCGGAACUUAGCAGAAUAUAGGAAGUUUCUUGAGUCCUGUGAUUUUGUGAAGGUGAACAGUCAUUGGCGAAAAAUCCAAGAUCGGCUAGAGGAUGAUGAUAGACACUUACUACUUGAAAAAAUUGACCGUUUGCUUGUUUACCAGGAUUAUAUUCGUGACUUGGAGAAGGAGGAAGAGGAACAGAAAAGGAUACAGAAGGAACGACUCCGUCGGGGUGAAAGGAAAAACCGUGAUGCAUUUCGCAAGUUGCUGGAAGAACAUAUUGGGGAUGGAGUUCUUACCGCUAAAACACAAUGGCGAGAUUAUUGCUUGAAGGUGAAAGAGUUACCUCAAUAUCAAGCUGUUGCAUCAAAUACAUCUGGUUCUACUCCGAGAGAUUUAUAUGAGGAUGUCUUUGAAGAUCUUGAAAAGAAGUAUCAUGAAGACAAGACACUCAUAAAAGAUACACUUAAGUCAGGCAAGAUCACAGUAGUGACCUCAUCAGUAUAUGAGGACUUCAAGUCUUCUGUAUUAGAAGAAGCUGAUUGCCAAACGAUAUCAGAGAUCAAUUUGAAGCUUUUAUAUGAAGAAUUAUUAGAGAGAGCUAAGGAGAAGGAGGAGAAAGAAGCUAAGAAACGCCAACGCCUUGCUGACGACUUUACUAACCUAUUAUAUUCGUUCAAGGAUAUUACUACUACUUCAAUAUGGGAGGAUUGCAAGCCACUUUUUGAGGAGGCACAAGAGUACAAGUCAAUUGGGGAUGAAAGCUACAGUAGAGAGAUUUUUGAGGAAUACAUUACGUACUUAAAGGAAAAAGUUAAAGAGAAGGAACGCAAGCGUGAAGAGGAAAAGGCCAAGAAGGAGAAAGAAAGAGAAGAGAAAGAGAAACGGAAAGAGAAGGAGAAAAAAGAGAAGGAAAGAGAACGUGAGAAAGAGAAGUCUAAGGAACGACAUAAAAAAGAUGACACAGAUAGUGAUAAUCCAGACAUAUCUGACAGCCAUGGUUAUAGAGAGGAGAAGAAAAAAGACAAGGAUAAGGAAAGAAAACAUCGGAGAAGACAUCAGAGUAGUUUAGAAGACGUGGAUUCUGAAAAAGACGAGAAGGAAGAAUCUAGAAAAUCACGAAGACAUGGAAGUGAACGAAAGAAGUCUAGGAAGCAUGCAAACUCUGAGUCAGACAAUGAAACUCGGCAUAAAAAACACAAGAGGGAUCACGGGGAUGGUUCCAGGAAAACUGGAUGGAAUGAGGAGCUUGAAGAUGGGGAGCUCGGCGAUGAUGUAGAGGUUUAGCUCUGCGUCCCUAACCUUUUUGCAAUGAUGAAUGUUAACCUUUUUGCAAUGAUGAAGGUUAACCUUUUUGCAAUGAUGAGAUAUAUAAUCUAACCUGUUUUGGGGAUUAUUGAUUUUUCGUUGUGCAACAACCUUGUUACUUUUCAUCUCGGGACGCACCUGUCAAUUUAGGAUUAUGUAAGAAUGAAAUCUUUCGGUUUCUGUUGUAGAUUUAUCAAAUUUUAUGUACACUAUUUUUGUACACUAUCUUUAUAUUAUGUAUACUUUUUACACAAUAUUUGUAGAUUAUGUUCUGACAAA